CUUCACUAGAACCAUUUGGGUGGUUUCAGCUCUGGAACUGCAAAUCUCUACUAAACUAAAGGUAAAAUAUAAAUGUUAACUUAGUUGUGGAAACCAUCAGACCUCGCAGCAUUAGGAUUCGUUCGCUUGACGCGUCUUAUCCUGAGGAGGGAGCACACGAGGACAUCAAACAAGAUUCACAACAAUUGCAAAAAGAGAAGAUAGAAUCAAUUCAAGAUGGCGGAGGCGACCCAGCAGCCACCACCACCACUGAAAGAACCGACGGAGAAAGAGGCCGAGAAAGACGAAACGCCCAAUAAGGACGCAGAGGAGAAAGACCAGGACCAGACCAGUACCGAGGGGUCCACAGAGUCCGAUGAGGGGUCCGAGGAUGGGUCUAAGGAGGUCCAGACCAGAACCCCGACCAGAGCCCUACUGUCCAUGAGGUCGAUGAGUACGAUGGACGUGGAAGACGACUCUCCAAACAUGAUCGUGUACAGAAAGAUUGAAGAGAUCGUGACCAGGAUGCAGGAGGAGACUGAGGGAGUGCCCAUCCGAACUGUCAAAAGUUUCAUGACCAAAAUACCCAGCGUCGUUACAGGAGCAGAUAUCGUACAGUGGCUGAUGAAAACGUUGGGCAUUGAGGAUCCAGCUGAGGCCAUGCACAUCGGCUCCCUCAUCGCCUCUCAGGGAUACUUCUUCCCCAUCUCAGACCACGUCCUCACACUCAAAGAUGAUGGGACCUUCUAUCGCUUUCAGGCUCCGUACUUCUGGCCGUCACACUGCUGGGAGCCCGAGAACACAGACUACGCCAUCUACCUGUGUAAGCGCACCAUGCAGAACAAGACCAGACUGGAGCUGGCCGACUACGAGGCGGAGAACCUGGCUCGACUGCAGAGAGCGUUUGCCAGAAAGUGGGAGUUCAUCUACAUGCAGGCGGAGGCUCAGGUCAAGAUCGACCGCAAGAAGGACAAAACGGAGAGAAAAAUCCUGGACAGCCAAGAGAGAGCUUUCUGGGACGUGCACAGACCAGUGCCUGGCUGUGUGAACACGACAGAAAUGGACAUCAGGAAGUGCAGAAGACUUAAGAAUCCACAUAGAGUCAAAAAGUCUGUGUACGGUUUAUCUGAAGAGGGUCCCCAGUCCCAGAGCCCGAUCCACACACCCUCCCACCAGAGCCGCAAGGGGACCAAGGAGGACGUGGAGAAGGAGAUUCAGUUCCUCAACACACAACUUGACCGACACUGUAUGAAGAUGUCCAAAGUCGCCGAAAGUCUGAUGAGCUACUCAGAGCAGUACCUGGAGUAUGACCCCUUCAUCGUGACCCCUGACCCCUCCAACCCCUGGAUCAGUGAUGACCCCUCCUACUGGGACCUGGAGGCGAGUAAGGAGCCCAGUCAGCAGAGAGUGAAGAAGUGGGGCUUUUCUCUGGAGGAGGCCCUCAAGGACCCGCUGGGGCAAGACCUCUUCCUGCGCUUCCUCGAGUCGGAGUUUAGCUCGGAGAAUCUGCGGUUCUGGCUCGCCGUGCAGGAUCUGAAGAGGCAGCCCCAGCAGGACGUGGCCCAGAGAGCGCAGGACAUCUGGGCUGAGUUUUUAGCCGAAGGGGCCCCCAGCUCCAUCAACCUGGACUCCCACAGCUACGAACGCACCAGCCACAACCUGAAAGACCCCGGACGCUACAGCUACGAGGACGCGCAGGACCACAUCUACCACCUGAUGAAGAGUGACAGCUACAGCCGCUUCCUGCGCUCCAGCGUGUACCAGGACCUGCUGCUGGCCCGAAGGAAGCCUGAAACAGACCAGGGCAGACGUACUUCUCUGGAGAAGUUCACUCGCAGCGUGGGCAAGUCUUUGACAGGGAAGCGGCUCACCGGUCUGAUGCAGUCUUCUUGACAAGGCCCGGAUUAGAACUCAAACAUGAACUGUGUCGUACUGUCUGCUCACCACCACAAGGGGGCGACUGCAAACACCCGGGAGUGGCUAAGGAACGACGCUGGAUUAUAUGGGACAAUAGACUGGACCCAAACGCCACAUCGAAAAAAAAAUAUCCACACGAUGAGACCUGACAGCAUGCAAUAAGUCACUAGAUCCACCACCAGGGCGGCGCUGUCACUCCAGAGCUGAUGAUGACUAUAAAAAUGAAGUAUUGUUAGGAUUUCUACUACGUAAGUCUGUUCACUGCCGGGCUCCUGUCUCCUGUGUUGGAAAUGUGAACAGGUUUAUCAGUCUAUUUCAGCUCUGCACCAGGGUCCCCAACCCCUAGUCCACGGACCAGCACCGGGCCAUGGGUCAUUUGGUACUGGGCCAUGAAAGCACGAACCCCCCCACACGCCGCAAGGACCGUGCCUCACGGGCCGUGUCUCUAAACCAGAACUAAAACCAGGACUAAACCAGAAUUAAAUCAGAAUUUAACCAGGACUAAACCAGGACUAAACCAGGACUAAACCAGGACUAAACCAGGACUAAACCAGGACUAAACCAGGACUAAACCAAGUCUAAAACCAGGACCAGGCCCCCCCUCCCCCGCAGUGUUGGGAAGGUUACUUUUAAAAUGUAAUCCCCUACAGAUUACAGAUUACAUACCCCAAAAUGUAGUUUGUGACAGAAUCCAUUAAAUUACUUAAGGUGAGUAAUGUAAUCUGAAUACUUUGCUUCUCUACAGCAAAUCAAGUAAUCCAAAGACGAGGAAAUCUUCACAUAAGAUGUUUUAUCUGCUAAAAGAAAAUAAAAAGCCCAGACUUUACUGAACCAAAUUAAAAAUAUUAUUGAUAGAAGAGGAGGAGACACGGUCCAUGCAGCAUGAUUUAGUCCAGUUAAG